AUGAAACAGACUGCAAACCCACAGAACGCGACUGCAGGACCAUCCCGUCCGCAGAAUUCCAAGCGGGUCAACUCCUUUGAGGCCCGAGUCACUCCGAAAGGCAAAUCGUGCGACUUGUGCUCAAAGGAGAAUCACCCUGUCCGGUCCACUCCAAAUCCAACGGCAACAAAUGUGCAGAAUUUCUUUGCCAAUAAUGCUCAGAAUGUCCUUCUCGGCACGGCGGUCAUCAACGUAUGCCACUUGGGCACUUCAUACACCGCACGUGCGCUAAUUGAUUCCGGGUCCGAAGCGAACUUCAAUUCUGAGCGUCUGAUCCAACGCAUUAAGUUGCCUUUCAAGUCCGUGCGAGCCCAAGUAUCCGGGCUAAAUCACGCAGUUGCGGCCCAAUCGCAGAAGUUAUGUCACUUCAGCAUUGGUUCUCCGACGAAGCCGAGGCUCCAUAUUGAGACUUCGGCAUUCAGUCGCCCUCAAGCAGACGAACAGCUCGACAGCCUACUUUCCAAAUUUUGGGAGGUGGAGGAUAUUCCAGCGAAGCUGAUAAGACUACUUCGUUUGCGUAGCAAAUGUGGCAGAUAUCGGGUGACUCUUCCAUUCCGGAAGCCCGAUGGCAUUGAACUGGGUCAUUCCAGAUCUAUAGCGUUGGCUCAAUUCCUCAAGAACGAGAAUCGUUUGUCAAGAAACGAUACUCUAAAGGAACAGUACAAUGCCGUUCUCCAGGAGUACGUGGACUUGGGUCAUAUGACACCCAUAUCGCCUCAGAUAGCACCACAACGAAGGUGCGGGUCGUUUUCAACGCAUUCAGGGCCCAUUCUCCAAUCGGAUCUCACGUUGCAGAUCCUCAGAUGGCGAUACUAUCGAUAUGUGUUCAAUGCGGACAUAACGAAGAUGUAUCGCCAAAUCCUCAUGGACUCGAAGCACAAACCGUUCCAACGAAUUCUGUUCCGUACGUCGGACGGUGAGAUCCGUGACUUCGAGUUGCACACAGUGACAUUCGGUGUCAACUGUGCGCCUUUCCUGGCUCUACGAGUCCUCUCGCAAGCCGAGUUUUUCCAACAACAUAGCGUGCUGAAGGACAUUCCAAAGGACCAUCUACUUCGAGAAGAUUUCCUCGAACUCGAAGACUCCAGUACGGCGAAAACUCUGGGCAUCAGGUGGCAAGCUCACGAUGACGAGUUCUUCUUCAUGCCACCGGAAGUUGCCCAUCAGGACUCCUACACGAAGAGGGAAGUGCUUUCGCAAAUCGCUAAGCUUUUCGACCCAGCCGGGUGGCUAGCCCCUUUCGUUAUCCGAGCCAAGACACGAGUGAAGCUCCAGUACCACGGAUUCUGUGAUGCGUCAGAAAGGGCGUAUGGAGCAGCGAUCUAUGUCCGUGUGGAGAUGGCGAGCAAGGUUUCCACACAUCUCCUUACUGCGAAGACAAAGGUGGCUCCUGUCAAGUCUCUCUCAGUGCCACGUUUGGAGCUUUGUGGUGCAGUCCUGUUGGAUGAGUUAUCUGCAGCCCUCCUCCUGAAUCUGCCAGCAGAAAGUUUCCAGACUUUCUUUUGGACUGAUUCAACAAUUGUUCUCGCCUGGUUCAACAAGCCACCCUGCAGAUGGACAACCUUUGUGGCCAAUCGUGUGGCCAAAAUCGUCCAAGCCAGCGACGCCAAGAACUGGUCGCAUGUGCGAUCCGAGCACAAUCCGGCAGAUCUUGCAAGCCGAGGUGUCCUGCCACAAGAAUUGAUGCGUAAUCCUUUGUGGUGGCAUGGACCAGAGUGGCUUCAUCUCCCGUCGGAUCAAUGGCCAACAUCUCCAAGUCCCAUUCCGGAGGUUCUGCUGGAGCAGCGGAUUAAGUGCAACGUCGCUAAGUUACCUCCUACUCCUGACUUCCUGAAUAAGUUCUCUGAGUUUGGCAAUGCACUGCGCACGUCUGCCUAUGUUCUCAGAUUCAUAGAUAGAAGUCGGAAGUUGGCAGUUCCAAGCUCUACCGUGGUCCAGGCGGAUGAGCUGUCACGGAUCCAAGAGCGGCUAAUCGUCAUGGCUCAACGACAAACUUUUCAACAAGAAUACCACUGUCUGCAGUCCAAGCAGCAGGUUCCUUCCUCAAGUUCAAUCCGAAACUUGAACCCUUUCCUCGAUGGCAAGGGGAUUCUACGGGCCUGUGGGCGUCUGAGGGCGUCCCACUCGCUGCGUUAUGAUGAGAGUCAUCCAAUCAGCCUCUCGUAUUCCUCGUACUUUGCACGACUAUUGGUUCGUUUCACCCAUCGUAUAUCCUUACAUGGGGGUAACCAAGUCGUCAUGCGGCUGAUCCGCUCCAGAUUCUGGAUUCCAAAAUUGAAGGUCCUCGUCAAAUCCACCAUCAACUCUUGCAAGGUUUGCGUGAUCUACAAGAAGAGAUUGCAGACUCAAAUGAUGGGGACUUGCCCAAGGAAAGGGCGUCCUACUCGAGACCUUUCACGCACACUGGACACGAAGGCGAUCCACUUGGAGGCAACAUCGGAUCUCACGACGGAGAAAUUCCUGGCCGCAUUCUCCCGUUUCAUCGCACGGCGCGGGUGUCCAUACCAGAUGUACUCGGACAACGGGAAAACCUUCGUUGGAGCUGACAAGGUGAUCUCCAACGACUUCUUGGAAGCGACGAGGGAGUGCAUCAUCGCACAACACGCCCACGAGAGCCUAUCCUGGCACGUCAAACCGCCGGGCGCCCGCAUAUGGCGCGGAAGGUGCAGGGUGUGUCGUGGGGACCACCACACGCUGCUGCACUUCAAGGCGGCAUGCAGCGUUCGCCCCAAUCGUCAGCGACCGCCGCACGGCCACGAUCCCGUACCCCAACACGGCCACGUUCGCGAACCCCACCACGGCCACGAUCCCGAACCCCAGCACGGUCACGUUCCCGAACUCCAGCACGACAUUCGAGAUGCGACCGCUUAUCGACCCGUGCGCGGCGACAAGCCGUAUCAGCGCAUCAUUGGCAACGGCCUACCGGCUAUCCGUCACCCGCGUUGGUACGGAAGGCGUCUGCACGGCGAUCAUCCGCUCGCGGACAUCCGAGUUCCGUCGAAGGUGCUGCUGCAGGUGGACUCUCAAUUCUACUGCCGUCCCGUCGAUGGCGAAAACUUGGAGCAGUUCCGCAGCAUUACGCUCGCCGACGAACGCUGGUUCCAACUAUCGAUGGUGUCCCUGGUGUUCGGCACUGAUGUGUAUCCUCACAUCAUCCAACCUGGCCUCCUGCCGAGCACCAACGGUUUGCCAAUGGCCCAGAAUUCCACCUUGGGUUGGAUUCUGUCCGGUCCAUUUGGACAAUGA